GUCGCGUUCCCAAUCACUCUACGACUAGGUAGUCUCCCGGUGUCCAAAGGCUCCCGGUGCGACUACUUUGCCUGGUCAACCUGAUAAACCCCAUCGUUUUAACAACGAUUUAACCCUCGACUUAAAUACAAGUGUUGUACUAUUCAUUUUCAAAUAUCUAAUAUUUAAAUUUUAUCAAUUUUAUUUUUCAUUUAGAUAAAUAAUUAUUAAAAAUUAUCAAAAAAAUAUUUAUUUAAAAUAGUUAAAUUGUGAAAAAGAAUUAUAUUUUAAUUAGAUUUGGUUUUUUUUCUUUUUUUUUUUCUUGAAAAAUAAGAAAUAAUUGAAUUUUUUAUUUAAAAAAAUAUUAUAAACUUGGUGCCAGUGUGAUAAAAAAAAAAAAAAAAAGACGCAAUUUAAUCAGUGAACAUUCAUUAUAGACUGAUAAUAAUAUUGUUUUUGUUAAUAUAUUGUUAAAUAAUAUAAAUAUAUAUAAUUAAUUUUAAUUUUUUUUUUUUUUUGACAUUUAAAGUGCCAAGUGUGAAGAAUAAAUAUUAAUCGUGAAAAAAAAAAUAUAUAUGAAAACACCUCAAGAGGAUAAAACCAUCUGCUGACCACGUGAAUAAAAUUUCAUUGCCAUGGACGCAGAUCAGGGCACAAGUGUACAAUGCCAACGAUUCAACAAUAAAAGCUAAAUAAAAUAAUCACAACUGAAGAUAUCUAAUGACACAAAAAAAUAGUGCAAAGAAAAAUAAAAUAAUUAAUUAAAAAAAAAAAAACACAUUUGUUGAAGAAGCUGAGUCGAGGAGGAAUUUUUAAAUUUUUAUUUGGCUUUUUAAUAAAGCCAACAAGGACACCGCAGGAAGUCAACAUUAAAUUUUGUCACCGAUCAAGGUGAAUAGACAUAACGAUGGUAGAUACGCAGCAUUUUUGUCUGCGAUGGAAUAAUUACCAGAGCAGUAUAACAUCAGCAUUUGAAAAUCUUCGUGAUGAUGAAGAUUUUGUUGAUGUCACACUUGCUUGUGAUGGUAAAAGUCUCAAGGCACAUCGUGUUGUUUUAUCAGCAUGCAGUCCAUACUUUCGUGAAUUGCUCAAGAGUACACCAUGCAAACAUCCGGUGAUAGUACUUCAAGAUGUAGCAUUUAGUGAUUUGCAUGCACUCGUUGAAUUCAUCUAUCAUGGAGAAGUCAAUGUGCAUCAAAGAUCACUAAGUAGUUUUCUCAAAACAGCCGAGGUAUUGAGGGUGUCUGGUUUAACUCAACAAGCUGAUUCAAGCGACCGUGACGAGCUAUCACAGGUACGUGCACUAGCAGCACGUGGUGGUGGUAAUAAUAAUAAUAAUAUUAACAAUAAUAAUAAUGUACCACAAUCAACACCAACACCACAUGAUAAAAUGUCAGAUGAAGGUUUUCCACGUGGUGGUUCACCACCAACACCCAAUACACCAACACCAACAACAGUACAACAAUUAUUACGUCGUGCACAAAUACGUAGAAAUGAAAGACGUUCACCAGAUGAUAUACAUGAUGAUACAAUAAAAAGAUCAAGAAUACCAUCACCACCAUUAAAUAAUAAUGAUGCAACACCAACUGAUUUUUCAAUGGUUAAAAAUCAUUUAUCAAAUAAAAUUGAAGGUAAUGGAAUACAUGAUGAAAAUAGUCGUAUUGAAGAAAGUAUAAAAUGUGAACCUCUUGAAUUAACUGGUGGUAAUGGUGGUAUAAGUGGACAUAAUGAAGAUUCAUCUGAUUCGGGAGCAGCAGCAUCAGAUAGACCACCAGCAUCAGCAAGUAGUAAUGAACAUGAUCAUGAACCACCUGAACAUCCAUCAACACCAAGUUAUAUGCCUGAAAGUAAAUUAUUUACAUCAACACCUGGAAGUUUUAAUUUUAGUAUGGCUGCAUUAACAACAGAUCAUAAUCCAUUAUCAGUGAAAUUUCCAGGUUUAGGCCAUGGACUACAAACACCAGAUCUUGCAGGUACAUCACAAGGUCCACCAUCAGCAAUACUUGCAAUGCGAUUAUCACAUCCAAUGCACAACAGUUUAAUGCCACCAGGAAUAUGCUACACUUGUGAUGUUUGUGGUAAAACAUUAUCAACAAAGCUCACCUUGAAACGACACAAAGAACAACAACAUUUUCAACCACUCAACAGUGCUCUUUGUGUUAUGUGUAACAAAGUAUUUCGUACACUCAACAGUCUCAACAAUCACAAGAGCAUUUAUCAUCGUAGGCAAAAAUAAAGCUUACAAAUGGGGCGAAGGAAAUCAACACGACAUCAAUCGUGAAAUUAUAUUUAGAUUAUAUUAUUUCUUUUUUAUUUUCCUUUCUUUUUAUAUAAAAAUAAAAGAGAGGAGUUAAAAAAUUUUAAAAGUAAUAAUAUAUAAUGAAAGAAAAUGUGUAGGAAAAUUAAGAAAAAAAAAAAAAAAAAUUAUGAUUUUAAUGAAAAGUGCCUCUACGAGUGCGAUACAGAUCAAAGGAUGUUUUAAGUCUGAAAUUGGGGGAUGAUCACUUAAGGUUGAACUUUCUGAUGAUUCCUCCUUUGUCGUGUUAUAAUAUAUUUUUAAAUUUAAAAAAAGAAAAUUUCAUAUAUAUUAUAACAUUGACAGACACGCACAUUCCUUUGCCCCAUUAUAUUUAUGAAAUAUUCAAGCAAUUCCACAUUGAAUUUCAUAAUAGAUUUUGUUUCUUUAAUUAUUUCUUUUUUUUUUUUUAAUGAAAUAUAUAAUAUUUCGUCGUCGGCGCGACUAUAAAUAAAUGCGUUAUGGACUUUUGUUAUUCAGGGUCCAGUUUGGUGGAAGAAAAUUAUUGAAAAUAUUAAAAAAAUAAAUAAAAAAUAACUCGUCCAACUUUAACUUUAAGAAGAGACAUUUACAUGUUUUUAACAAAAAAAAAUUUUAAAAAAAUAUAAAGACUGUGUGCAAAAAGAAAGAAAAAAAAAUUUGAUAAAAAAAAAAUCGAAAUUUCUACUUGUUUCGAAAGUAUAAAAAAAAAAAAUUAUAGUAAUGAAUUUUUUUAAUGAAAAAAAAAUGAGAAAAAUUAGAAAUUUUUUAAUUCGAAUAUCGUGAAGUACAGUAUAAAUUUAAUUUAAAAAAAAAAAUUUAUAAUUCAGAUGUAAAAAAUAUUUAAAGGACUUCACGAUUAAUCGAUGUUGGUGAUGCAAUUGUAAAAUAAUAUAUUUUAUCUUAAUAUAUUUCAUUCCAAGAUAAAUAUGCUUUAAAGAAAAAAAAAAAAAAAAAACGGGGUACCUAGAUAGUCUUCUUAUAAAUAGAAGUGUGUGUUUAUUUUUUCGUUGAAAUAUAUUUCGGGGAUAAUAUACACAUAAAGUACCUUACCCACUGACAAAUAUAUAUAUUUUUUUUUUUUUAAAUAUAACCACUAAUUUGAAAUAUUUAAAAAAUUAUCGUUACGUGUUAUCGUGCCGCCCAAAUGUGUCUCAAUAACGUUCGACGUUUCUCAAAAAAAAAAUAACCCCCCAAUCGUACUACCGUUUUUUUUUUUCAACAAUCAACAAAUAGAUAAUAAAUAAAAAAAAAAAAAAAAAAUUCAAUUCAAAAUCACAGCACAGUCCACAGUUAAACUGAGUAAAAAAAAAAAAAUAAAAAAAAAUAAACCGUAAAAAUAAUUAUGAAAUAGCCAGCAAAUACAAUAUAUAGCCGAAUACAUACAACAUAUAUUUUAGUAGAACUUUCAUAAGAAAAAAACAAAAAAAAAAAUGAAAAAAAAAAAAUAAUAAUAUUAUCAAAGCCUUCUUGAUUUAUCUCUAAAGAAAAAUAAUUAAUUUUUUUUUUUUUUUUUGCAUCAACAUCACCAAGCAGUACUAUUGUUUAAAUAUAAUUUUUUUCUUAAUCAAUUCACUGAUUUAAUAUAGACCUAAGUAAUGCACAAAACGGAAUAAUUAUUUAUAAUUUUAUUUCAAUUUAAAUCAGCUAUUAAUCACGAAGGCUUUGAUGAAACCGAAGGAUAUAAAAUGGAACAGUCAACUAGGCUGAGUGAUCCUUUCUAUCAACUUCUUAUUUAGCAAAAAAAAAAAAAAAAAAAAUUAAUUAUCUAAUUAAAUAUUCUCCCCAUGAAACAACAGAAUAUCCAUAAAUAUAUUCUAUAUUUUACAGCAAAAAAAAAAAAAAAAACAAAAAUGAAAAAAAAAAUAUAAAUAUAAAUAAUUAAAAUAACGUAACGAUAAUAUUUGUGCAUGGAUAUAUCUCAAUUACACAUAAACACACAAUUUCCAUAAACACACACGCGUAUAAAAAAAUUUAAAAAAAAACACGUUUAUUUAAUUCAUAAAAUACGAUAGGUUAAAUAUCAUAGGGUUAUGUGAGAGAUUGAUUAGUUAAAAAGAAAUUUAAUUUAAAAUGUGAAUUUGGGUAAAAAUGGUUUAUGGGUGCAACACUCGGGAGAAUGAAGCUUUAAAUUAUGGAAGUUUAUAAAAAAAAAUAAUAAUAAUAAUAAUAAUAAAUAAACAGUUUUAUAGUAGUCAAAGACAGAAAGAACUGAUAUAUUGAUAAUAUUUUAAUGUAGGAUUUAUUUGCAAGAAAUUAAUUGACAAAUUUAAAUUAAAAAAAAUUUAAAAAACAAAUUGUGACUACUGUAAAAAUGGCCAAAAAUAUACGCGAAUUAUUUGUCCCGUUGUGGACGGCGUUUUAUUGAAAAUAAUAAAUUAUAAAUAAAAAAAAGAUUAAAAAAAAAAGAUAAUGAAAAAAAAAAAGAUAAUAAGAAAAAAUAAAAAAGUGAAUAUUAAAAUUUAAUAUAAAAUAUUGAGUAUAUUAUUCGCAAAGAUUUAUUUCAUUUUUUUUUUUUCUUGUUUUUUUUUCAAUUGUUAUUAAUAUUAUUUUUAUUAUUAUUAUUAUUUUUAUUAAUAUUAUUUUUAUUAUUAUAAUUGUUGCCCUUUUUUUUUUUAUAUUUCUCGCCGUUGAGAUUUUUAAUAAACGGGCCACGUAAAUAAUUGAUUUAAAAAAUUUAAAUUAUUUUUUUUUUUUUUUCUUUAUGUUAAUGAGUUUUGAUUCGCGAUUAUUCGUUGACAAUUAAACUUUAUUAUUAGGCCAGAUGAGAGUAUAAGGAAAGAAGAUUUAAAAAAAAAAAAUUUUAUUUCUUGUUUUAUGAUAAUUAGGCUAGUAAGUCUAUCAACA